AUGCCUUCGACUAUCAUUCAGGCGGGGAAAACAUGGCAUGGGUUCAGCAAGAUCGAGUAUUUGAUCAUAUUUGGCGAUUCCUAUAGCAGCAUUCGUUGGGACUACCAAUCUUCUCCCAAUCCGACGGUCAAGAGCCCCCUGGGAGUGACGUAUCCUGGGGUAACAUACACAGAGCCUGGCAAGCCGAACUGGGUCGGACAUCUAGUGAAAUCGCGUCCAUCUAAGCUGGUGUACGACUAUGCCAGGGGAAAUGACUUUGUUUCUUCUCUGGAGAGACAGAUCAUAUACCAGUUCCUUCCGAAUGUCGCAAAGAAGCCAUCAUCAGCACCAUGGGAACCACAGGAUACGCUCUUUAUGACCUGGAUUGGUAUCAAUGAUCUCGCCCUCAUCGACGACAUUGAUGGCGUGUUCAACACGCUGAAAGGGCUUUUCCGUUAUCAAGAGAGAUUAUACGCCUCUGGAGCUCGAAAUUUUCUGUUGUUUGACCUCCCUCCAAUCCACCGAUCGCCCUCAGUGCGCGACGAUAUUGAUACCGUGAUGGAGCAAUAUCAAACAUGGAACGCGACAUUAGAGAAAGAGCUCCGGAGCUGGACUAGAACCCAUCCAGACAUCACCACCUUCCUCUUUUCGUCAUGGGACACGUUUUCGCGCGUGUUGGAUGACCCAAACGCAUUUGGAUUUGAUCCCUGUGACGCCAGCGAAGCUGGGGGCACAAUAUGGGUAGAUCGGCUGCGUCCCACGAGUGCGAUGCAUCGAAUCAUUGCGGACGAUCUGGUCUCGUUCUUGGACGCCCACUCACCUCAUGUCUCCGAUCAACCAGAAUUCUCGCACAAUCGUGCAUGCUUCUCAGCAAGUAAUGCUGUGUGA